AUGCCAAGAUACAAAUUGUCACUUUUACUGUCUAUUAUUUGUUUUCAAUUUGUUUUACCCGCCUUCUGCCAGACUGAAUUCGAGGAAUUCGACAAGUUUAAUAAUGAUUCCUUACUUUGGGGAGCAUACAGGGCCAAUUGCUAUUUUGGCGUGAGGCCCCGGUACGUAAAUGAAGAUGCAUUUAUUAUGGGGCUGAUGUGGAUGAACUCGAUGAAUCCAGCUGCGGCAGACAAGCUACGGCACUUUGUUGAUAUGGGAGAUAAUAUGGCAAAGUAUGGAUGGGAAUUAUACGAUCCAAGAGUUGGAGGGAAACAAGUUAUUAUUGAUAAAGAGAACAAUAUGAACUUAACUAUAUAUUUUGUUAAAAGUCAGGAUGGACAAAACUGGGGCUUUAGGGUUCGUGGCGAAGCAUUAGAUCCCACCAGUUCACUAAUCAGUGGAUCAAUUAUUUACUACAUGAACCAGGAAGGAGACAGAGCUACGAACUAUUUAUUGUCUGAUAAAUAUGGGCUUGAUAAAGCAAAACAACUUCAUGGUAUGUCAGCUGAAUUAGGCGAAUAUGAAGUCCAAAUUUUUACUACCAAGGGUCAUCCAUAUUCUCUUGCAGAGGCCAUAACUCCUGAUUGCGAUCCUUCAACAACAUCGCAUGUUUCCAUGACCGUACCCGGUGAAGAAACAUGGAAAGCUAAGGAGAUUUUUAAAAUGUUGAUUUUAGAUUCUUUGAAAGAACAUAUGGUUGCUUUGCGGGAAAAAUUAAAUCCAUUGCUCCUUCCUAGUGCGCUAACUGUGAGGAACAUCCAUAAAUUUCAACCUGGUAACUUCCAUUAUAUCCAGAAGACAUUCGAUUUGUCUAAGGGACCGUUUGAGGUCGAUUUUAUUUACAAUAAGGUUAAUUCAAAUGAGCGGCUAGAAAAGCUAGACCAUCUAAUACAGCCUAUGAUGAAUAAGAUUCGUACUAACUUCGAAAAGAGGUUUCAAAUUCGUGAUGAGAAAACCAAACAAUUCGGAAUUCAAACAUUAUCAAAUUUACUAGGGGGAUUAAGCUAUUUCCAUGGGAAGCAAAUAGUUGAUAGAGUAUCUGAACUUGAUGAAGAAAGUUUUGAAACGAUUAGCUUGAACCAUCCCGAGGAGGAAGGCCCACUUAGCUUAUUCACAUUCGUUCCAAGUAGAGCAUUUUUCCCCAGAGGAUUUUAUUGGGAUGAGGGGUUUCAUUUACUGCAGGUGAUGGAAUAUGAUUUUGAUUUAGCAUUUGAAGUUUUACGUAGCUGGGUUCAACUUAUUGAAGACGAUAGCGGUUGGAUUGCUAGAGAAUUGAUUUUAGGACAGGAAGCUAGAAGUAAAGUACCUGAAGAAUUCCGAACGCAAAACCCAAAUAUAGCCAACCCUCCAACUUUAGCAUUGGCUUUUAGUGAGUUGUUGCAAAAAGCCACAUCUGAUGGAAUGUAUAAGUCUGAUUUUGACCAGCAAUAUAAUGAUGGCUUGGGCGGUGACCAAUUGAGAAAUAACCAUGAGCUGCUUAUUCAAUAUUCUGAAAGGAUUUACGAAAAGUUUUUGAUUCAUUUUGAGUGGUUCAGAAAGACCCAACGGGGUAUGGUGGAGGAAUAUUUGGAGUUAUCUGAUAUCAAUGAUGAUCUAGUAAAUGUGGAGGAAGGUUAUAGAUGGGUGGGGCGAACCUUCACUCACUGCCUGCCAAGUGGUUUUGAUGACUAUCCGCGUGCUAUACCUCCAGAUAUUGCAGAACUGCAUGUAGAUGCACUUUCCUGGGUUGGAAUCAUGGCAAGGUCUUUGAAACAGGCAGCUCAAGUCUUAGGUAAGUAUUCAGAUGCGGAAAAUUUCCAAGUUAUUGAAGAUAAUGUUAUUGAGAACUUAGAAUAUUUUCAUUGGAGCAAAGAGCACAAAAGCUAUUGUGAUAUCACAAUCAAUGAUGAAGCCGAUGUACGCAAGUUUGUUUGCCAUGAAGGCUAUGUAUCGUUGCUGCCAUUUGCAUUAAAAUUAAUACCGCGCAACAACCAAGUUCGUCUAAAGCAUAUGAUUAAACUAAUGAGUGAUCCUGAAAAAAUAUUCAGUGAGUUUGGCCUUCUAUCUCUAUCAAAACAGGAUAAGUACUAUGACACUGCGGAGAUAUACUGGCGUGGCCCUAUUUGGGUUAACAUCAACUAUUUAUGCCUGGAUGCCUUACGCUCUUACUUCGGUGACAAGGAGGCUAAUUCAAUAGUGGAUCCUACUCUAUUGAAACAAGCAAAGUCAUUAUACCGUGAUCUACGUAAGAACUUAUUGACAAAUAUCGUCGAAGUUUGGGAUAAGGAUGGCUUUUGUUAUGAACAGUAUAAUCACAAAGACGGUCAUGGCCAAAGAGUACAACAUUUCACGGGAUGGACGUCCUUAGCUGUUAAUAUUGCUGGAAUAUUUCCGGAGACUAUUUAA